AUAACAACACUCAGCGCUGGAGCGGAGGCUGUUGGUUGCGGCGCCGCCACCGCCCGAGUCCUAAUCUGCUCUCCGCCGCUCGCCUCUCUCCGCAGCAGCCGUGGCCCUGUCUUCUCCGGCUUCGCUUGCUCCUUCUCUUCCUGCCGAGCCAUUUUCCUCCUUCCGGAGCUAUGACCGUCGUCUCCGUCCCGCAGCGGGAGCCGCUGAUCCUGAGCGGCCGCCUGGCACCUCUCGGCUUCUCAGCCCGCGGUUAUUUCGGGGCCCUUCCGAUGGUGACCUCCGCUCCGCCGCCUCUGCCGCGGAUCCCGGACCCUCGGGCGCUGCCCCCCACCCUCUUUCUCCCUCACUUCCUAGGGGGGGACGGCCCGUGUCUGACCCCUCAGCCUCGAGCCCCAGCGCCCUUGCCCAACUGCAACUUCGCCCCGGCGGCGGGCACCCCUCGGGCCGCUCCCAAGAAGCGGCGAAAGAAGAAGGUGCGGGCCAGCCCGGCGGGGCAACUGCCCAGCCGCUUCCACCAGUACCAGCAGCACCGGCCGAGCCUGGAGAGCGGCCCGAGCGGAGCGCAGGAAGCCCCGAGCCAGGCCGCCGCCGCCUCAGCCCCGGGCCCUGCGACUGCAACGCGACCUGAGGAAGCGAACCUCUUCCCCGGCCCGCUGCCCUCCGCGGCGCCCGGCCAGCCCGCGUUACGGAAAGAGGUGGUUUUAAAAUCAAACAUGGGAAAAUCGGAGAAAAUUACCAUCCCCCACGGGCAGCUUGUUCAUGGUAUGCACUUGUGUGAACAACCAAAGAUAAACAGACAGAAAAGCAAAUAUAACUUACCACUAACCAAGAUCACCUCUGCAAAAAGAAAUGAAAAUAACUUUUGGCAGGAUUCUGUUUCAUCUGAUAUAAUUCAGAAGCAGGAAAAAAAGUCUUUUAAAAACACUGAGAACAUUAAAAAAAAGCAUUUGAAGAAAUCAGCAUUUCUAACUGAAGUGAGCCAAAAGGAAAAUUAUGCUGGGGCAAAGUUUAGUGAUCCACCUUCUCCUAGUGUUCUUCCAAAACCACCUAGUCACUGGAUGGGAAGCACUAUUGAAAAUUCCAACCAAAAUAGAGAAUUGAUGGCAGUACACUUAAAAACUCUCCUAAAAGUUCAAACUUAGAUCUCAGUAUGUAUGUAAAACGAAGUUUUUCCAAAAUCCAUGCAUUCUUGAAAAGAAAAUUGGUACAGAAUGGAAAUUUGCCUUUUAACCUAGGAGGGCAAAAGAUGGGUUUUAAAAAAUUACAAACAGCUUGUAUUAUGUUUUAUAUUUUGUAAAUACUGUAUACCAUGUAUUAUGUGUAUAUUGAUACUUCAGAGGUACAUUAUAGUUUUGUUAUAAAAGUAUGUAUUUUGCCCUGCCCAAAUGGUAGGUGUUUUGUAUAUAUACAAUGGAGAAAAUUUUAAGUGUGUGCUAAGGCACAUGGAAGACCAAUUUAUUUGCACAGGUACUGAGAGAUUUUUCAAGAAACAGCUAUUGAAUCUCAAGGUGAAGAUCUAAAUGUGAACAGUUUACUAAUGCACUACUGAAAUUUAAAUCUGUGGCACAAUCAUUGUAAACUUAGGUUUGUCUGUUUCUCUAAAUUGAUUUCUGCCUUCUAAUCUGUAAUUACUGGAAAACUUCUCACUUUUACUAAACUUAAUUUCUGGUUUUUGGUUUAUAUUGAUAUCCAAAUUUAAAAUAUCUCUUCAUUUCCAACAAAAUCGGUUGUAAUCAAAUUCUAAAAUAAUAAUUUGGCCCCUUCCUCCCCCUUUUAUAGUCUUGACUCUUUGUGUGUGUGCCUGUUUCUCAUGUUUGUGUGACUAGGAGGUGGAUUCUAACUUUCACUUCACUGGCUAAAGGUGUUUAACUUUAUACUAAUUAUCCAUCCUCCAUCUAGUACCUCUCAGGGGAGGAAUUCCCCAUUUUACAAAUGGAAAUGGUUGUGGUCAAAAGUAAAGCUGAUUAGUUAUAACUUAGAAUAUAUUUAUAUAUGAACUGUUUCAUAAAGUACUAUUUCACUUGACCAUACCAUACAUUUUUAGUGAAAGAAAUGACACUUUUGGUUUGCUGGAUUUAUAUUGUAAUGAAUGGUGGUACUUGAACCAAAGCAAGCAUAAUUGAUGUUAAAAUAAUAGAUGGAGAUUUGGAUUCUGAAGCUUGCUUGAAGAUAAAUAUGGCAGCUAAUGUAUUUUUGUUAAAAUUUAAACUCUUCUUUUACUUCCUAGUAUGUAGUUUUUAGUUACAAAAAGCUAAAGUUUAUCUCAAAUAAAAAGGAAAGUUUUUUUUUGUAUGGGCAAUAUUUAGACAUGAAAAGAAAAAGGGUGUUAAGAGGAUAUAUAGAGAGAGAGGAUUCUAUAAGGUAGAAUAAAGGUGCUACCAUCCUUACUAGAA